CAGCACGGUAUAAGUAGGGGCGGAAAGAGCGUAGAAAGCGGAAGAAGGGAUGCAGUGUAAAUGAAUAUUUAUUUAGUGAAUGGUGAAGACAAGGACCAAAGACAUGAUGGGAUUGAAAACAACCUCCCUAGGGAAGAAGAGGGGCCAAUUGACCCGGCCAAAAGAUAUGCGAGAGGCGCCAGAUGCAGACAAAGAGCGGUUGGUUCUCUCCGGGGCGGGCUGACUCCGGGGCCUGCGGAUCGGCGAAUAUGAUGCCGUCCCGGUGCGGCGCAGGGAAACCUGUGAAAGUGAAUCGCAGGACAGGCAGCUUCACCCAGCCGCGCAGCCAAAAUGAUUCAACUAAAGACAAUGCUUAAUUGCAUCGACAACUCCGGUGCCGCAGUUGUCGAAUGCGUUAAUGUCUUGAAGAAAAAAAGGCCCGCAACAGUCGGUGAUCGCAUCGUCGUUGUCGUCCAGAAACAACGGAAUUUCGGCCCCGACAGCUCGAGCAACAGUGGUAUCGCAAACAAGGUCCGUCGAGGAGACAUCCGACACGCCGUCGUCGUCCGCGCAAAGAAGGAGAUCCAAAGACCAGAUGGAAGCUUAAUUAAAUUCGACGAUAAUGCUUGCGUACUGGUGAACAAGUCUGGAGAUCCAAUCGGAACAAGAAUGAACGGAGUCGUGGGGUCGGAGUUACGAGGGAAAAAAUGGUCUAAGAUCUUGUCGUUGGCGCCUAUGCAUGUGUAAAUUAUAUCCAGUUUUUAAAGCGAAUACAUUUAUCUUCAAUAUCGGGC